AUGGCGAACCAAUCGCAAGACCUGCCCGAGGGCAUCUUUUCCCUUUUAGACACGGAUCUUUACAAGCUGACUAUGCAAUGUUGCAUACUGAAGUUCUUCCCCGAUGUCUCAGUCACCUACGGCUUCACCAACCGCACACCCGAUAAGAAGCUCAAUCGCACAGCCUUCAAGUGGUUGCAAGCCCAAGUAGAUAAGCUCGAGAACGUAGCCGUGUCUGAGGAAGAACUCAACUUCCUCAAGAAUACUUGCCCCUACCUAAACGCGCAAUACCUCCAUUUCCUCUCCACCUUCCGCCUGAAGCCUUCUCAGCAGCUCAAGCUGUCUUUCCAAUGCGCGAAUGACACUGGUUCAGAUAGCGAUGUUGGCGAUUUCCACAUCCAUACCGAGGGCCUCUGGCUAGACACGAUCCUCUACGAGAUUCCAUUACUGGCGCUUGUCAGCGAGGCAUACUUCAAGUUUGUCGAGACAGACUGGAGCCAUGAGGGCCAAGUCGAGAAGGCAUACCAAAAGGGGCGGGGUCUGCUGGAAGGAGGCUGUAUCUUUUCCGAAUUUGGCUCGCGGAGACGUCGCGACUACCACACCCAAGAUCUAGUGCUGCAGGGCUUGCGCAGGGCGGCUGAUGAGGGUAGCAAGGCAGGUUGGAAAGGAAAGCUCUCGGGGACAAGUAACGUCCACUUCGCCAUGAAACAUGGCCUUGUCCCUGUGGGCACUGUUGCGCACGAGUGGUUCAUGGGCGUGGCUGCUAUUACCAACAACUAUGAAAGCGCAAACGAAAUUGCUCUGGAAUACUGGACAGCGACAUUUGGCGCAGGCGUCCUGAGCAUUGCACUUACAGACACGUUCGGCACACCUACCUUCCUCAGGGCUUUCAAGAAGCAGAUUCCGCGUGUUACUACCGCUAUCCCAGGAGGUGGCACAACGCUGGCUUCAGCUGGAGAUGCCACCAACAACGAUGCCGUAGAGACAAUGUCCUCAACUAAGCCACCUAUUCAGGCACCAUACGACGGAAAUGCGGGAUCGCAACAGACUUAUGCCGACGUGUUUGCAGGCGUACGACAGGAUUCUGGGGACCCAUUAGAUUUCAUCAAGAUGAUGCGCGACUUCUACGACGAACAAGGCAUCAAGGAGAAGAAGACGAUUGUAUUCUCCGACUCUUUGAACCUGGAACUCUGCUUCAAGUACAAGGCUGCAGCAGAAGCGGCGGGUUUCCAGCCUACUUUCGGCGUUGGAACGUUCCUGACAAAUGAUUUUGUGGAGAAGUCUACCGGUAACAAGUCUGUACCCCUCAACAUUGUCAUCAAGAUCGCUUCCGCUGCGGGGCGUCACGCUGUCAAGAUCAGCGACAAUAUCGGCAAGAAUACCGGAGACAAGGCAACGGUAGACGAAGUCAAGCAGCGAUUAGGCUACCAAGAGAAGUCGUGGGCUGGCGGUGAUGAGAAGACACGGUGGGGUAGUGCAGGACAGCCAGCCACCAAGUAG